UGAUUCCAACCCAUUACAAACACACAUCUUUUUACUUCUCUCUCUAUAUUAUUCUGGUCUCAUGCUUUUCUCCGAAAACACCACCUUUUAACUGUUCUCUCCUUAUUUUCUUCGCCUGAUCAGAGAGAGAGAAGAAAAAAAAACAUGUCGUCGGGUUUCACCGGCGGCGGUGGUGGUGCGCCGGAGUUCUUCACCGGCAGAUCCACCAUCAACAACCUCACCACCACCGUUCCCAUCACCAACAACCUCCACCACCACUCUCUCUACCGAACCCAGCAACAACAACAACAACAUCAUCAAUCCUCUCCCAUAUUUCUAGAUCCUUCAUCCCAAUUCAUUCAACGCCAAACACCAACAACAACAACAACAACCUUCACCGGUAAACGCACCUUGGCUGAAUUCCAAACACAACACCACCAGAACCAAAUCUUCAACAACAACAACAGCAAUAGCAAUAGCAAUAGCAAUUUCACCCAUAACCAAUUUCUCUCUAACCUUCUCCUUCGUUCUGUGAAGCCAAGAACAACCAUGUUUCCUCACAUGGAUUUUUCCGUUCCUUCUCAAUUGCAAAACCCAAACAAUUUGGCCUUCCAAACGCAGCGUUUAGGUGUGCCUUUGCUUCAUCAACUUCGCCCUCAACCCAUUAACCUCCCGGACCAGAAUUUCCCAUACCGGAACUCCAAUUUGGGUCUGAACCGGGUUCAGAAUCAGAGUCAGACCGAUGAUGAACCGGAGAAGAAGAUCAUGAACCACCAGCUUCUGGAGUUGGAGAAGCAGCUUCUAGAAGACAACGACGAAGGAGAAGAACCUGAUGCUGCUUCUGUCAUCACAACCAGUGAGUGGUCAGAGACUUAUCAGAAUCUCAUCGGUCUAGUUUCGGGUUCAGGUUCCGGGUCGGGUUUGACUCAGAAACCCGCUUCGUCAUCUCCUACUUCCUCAACGACGUCGUCUACCUCUUCCUCUGCGGCUUCACCUGCCUCGGUGUGUUCCAAACAGACGCUGAUGGAAGCCGCAUCUGCAAUCGCUGAAGGGAAAAACGACGCCGCGUCGGAGAUCCUAACCCGUUUGGUUAACCCGACUGGGAAUUCGGAUCAGCGGUUAACCGAUUGCAUGGUUUUGGCUCUGAAAUCGCGGAUGAGCGCGGCGGAGAAUCCUCCCCCGGUGGCGGAGCUUUUCAGCAGGGAACACGCCGAGUCGACUCAGCUUCUGCUUGAGAACUCGCCUUGCUUCAAGGUUGGGUUAAUGGCUGCGAAUCUCGUGAUUCUUGAAGCGGCAUUUGAGGAGAACGUGAAUGGGAAAGGGUUCUGCGUGGUGGAUUUUGAGAUUGGACAGGGGAAGCAGUACUUUACGCUUCUUCACGCGCUGUCAACGCGCGGGCAGAAUGGGAAGGUUCCGCCGCCGAUGAAGAUUGCAGCGGUGGCGGAGAGCGGCGGCGAGGAAAGGGUGAGGGCGGUUGGGGAGAUGCUGAGCCGGCAAGCGGAGCGGUUGAGGAUCGGGUUCGAGUUUCGUGUGGUGUCUGUGCCGAAUAAACUCGCUGAUUUGACUCGGGAGUCACUCGGUUGCGACUCGGAGGAGACGCUGGUGGUGAACCUCGCGUUCAAGCUGAACCGCAUCCCUGAUGAGAGCGUUUCAACGGAGAAUCCACGUGACGAGCUUUUAAGGCGCGUGAAGAAGCUCGCCCCGCGCGUGGUGACUGUUUUGGAGCAGGAGGUAAACGCCAAUACGGCGCCGUUUUUGGCGCGCGUGGCUGAGUCAUGGUCCUACUAUAGUGCCCUGUUCGACUCGGUCGAGUCAGCAAUGGGGAAGGAAAACCCGGACCGAGUCAAGGUGGAGGAGGGACUGAGCCGGAAGCUAUGCAACUCGGUGGCUUGCGAGGGGAGGGACCGCGUGGAGCGGUGCGAGGUGUUCGGGAAAUGGCGCGCGCGAAUGAGCAUGGCGGGGUUCCAGCUGAAACCGCUGAGUCAAAACCUGGCUGAGUCGAUUAAUUCGCGACUCGCCGCCGGGAACAACCGAGUCAACCCGGGACUCACCGUGAAAGAAGAGAACGGCGGGAUAUGCUUUGGUUGGAUGGGAAGGACACUCACCGUCGCAUCUGCUUGGCGUUAAUUUCUUUUUUAUUUUUUUAAUUUGGUUCGGAGUAUCAUUAUUAUUAUAUAUCACAUUGUUACUAUAUUUUAACGUUAUCUAGAGAUAAUGGAAACGCAAAGAGAAUAGAUUUGGAUAAUUAUAUAUGAUCAUGAGAAAAGGGUGAAGAAGAAGAAGAAUCAAAUCCCAAAGAAAAAGAAAACCCAUCUCUCUUCCUCUAUCUCAUGGUUCUUCUUUCUUCUUCUUCUUCUACCAAACAAAAAUAAAUAAAUAAGUGUUUGGAUUCCGAGAAAA